UCGGAGAGAGUGGUGCGUGAUAACACGGACCGGUACGGCUCCUCGAGACCUCGCCUGAACACCAACACCAAUAUCAUCAAUAUCAUCAACAUCAACAAGUGUCACUGCCGUGCUGUGUUUAAUGAGAAGAGCCACGUUUGGAAAUAGGAUUCAUUUCACUCGGAGAUGUAAUAACUUCCCCGCGUGCCGCUUAGGAACUUUACCGUCUUUCGUUUAUUCCCUCGCGGACAUGUGGACGCGUUGAGCAAGCUGACGGGACUUUUUUCUUCUUCCUCCAACUCAUUUUUAAGAACUGUAGUAACUGCAGUAUUUAUUUAUUUAGAAAGAUGUUCAUCCCUCUUUCAACCAUGAUACAGAUGUGAUGUGAGCAAACUACUGCUGCGCUAUCGACGAUGUAUCCACAUUGGUACUGUAGACAGAAACUGGAUAAAAAAAGUAUAUUAGGAUAAAACUCUUUCCCGUGCACAACACCGACGGUGCUCCGCUCCGAGCUCUGAGGCUUUCAACGUCGCCACAAUAAACCUGAGAUUACAGUUCCCUGCCGGAAUAUGCUCAGUGAGCAGCUUGGCUUUUGGAUGAGCUCUUCUGAAACCAAUUUCAAAAGAUUAUACAAAACUCUCUCAAAUCAAUUUUGAGGAAGUAUCUCAUAAUAAGCCCUUAUGUUAGUGUGAAUAAACGGAUCAGUUUGGGCAUUUUGAAAGCUAAUGAAGCCACAAUCAUCACCAUUCAGUGCCGCGAAACAGGUGGAACUAUGAUUGCUUUUGCCUGACAGGACUUGUGGGAGGUCGCUGCUGAAUAUGCAGGACAUAGUAGGGCCUGAUAUGCCCUGGAAAUUCCCUAUCUUUGAUGGCUUUGGCCUCUUAUGGGGCUUGCUCCUUGGAUUAUUCAUUGCAAGUGCACCAGGGAUGGCUUGCCCCACGAGUUGUCACUGUAUAGAGAAGAGUGGCAUGACUGUGGUCCAAUGUAUGUCUCGCAACUUGGAGAGAGUCCCACCAGAUCUUCCAAGAGAUACUGUUGUCCUACUUUUGGCAUCCAACCACAUCACCCACAUCCCCAACCACGCCUUCAAAGAACUGCACUACCUUCAGGAGCUGGACCUGUCUCACAAUGACAUCGAAACUGUGGACCUCGGAGCUUUUCAGGGUGUUUCUGACAGCCUCCUGGUCUUGGAUCUAUCAAACAAUCGCAUCCAAAGUGUCCCCAAAGAGGCAUUUGCGCGCCUGCGAGCAAAAAUCAGCCUCUCGAACAACCCGUGGCACUGCGAGUGCACGCUGCAGGAGGUCCUGAGGGAACUGCGGCUGGACCCCGAGACAGUGAAUGAGGUGAUCUGCUACACGGCGGUGCAGGAAGAAUAUGCAGGCAAACCGGUAAUCCAGGUGCUGGACUCAGGGAUCAACUUCUGCAACUUUCACCACAAGACCACCGACGUAGCCAUGUUCGUUACCAUGUUCGGGUGGUUCACCAUGGUGAUCGCGUACGUCAUCUACUAUGUGAGACACAAUCAGGAGGACGCCAGGAGGCACCUGGAGUACCUCAAGUCACUGCCGAGCAGCUCGCAGAUCAGCAAGGACUUUGACACCAUCAGCACUGUUCUCUAGCAGGGCCGUGUGCGUGCCUGUAAAUAUGUGAGUAAAUGUGUGGUUAUGUACUAAAUGACUAAAAAGCUGUUGCAACACUAGUGUUUAAGCACAUUAUUCUGAGGUCUUUCAGUGACUGAAAUGGGUCAUUUUGGUUUUUCAGGCCCCGUAAAUAAAUUUUUUUAAAUUCCAAAAACAUUUACGUUUUAUUAAAUAUGAGUAAAUCUGGCUCUAGAACCAGACAGAGCCACAGUGAUAGCACAUAAUAAACAAAAUACUCACAUUUCCAUGAUGGAUGAUAGAUCUAGACUAGAGAGAUAAAUGUUCCCACUCUGGUGUCGAUCCACAGUGUGAUUGAGUUUGGACUGAGAUGAAUGAGUCGCACGACUGUGUCCCUCAGUUACUUUGUAUCGAUUGAUUUAUGUUGUUCCGGUCAAGGUAAAGGCCUUUUUACGAGACUUUGGCUAACAUAUGAAAUAGGGCAAGAUGUUCAUAUUCAGUGUGCAUAAAGCAUUUGUAACAGCCCUGUCUCCAGGAAACUACUGACCCAGGAAAUAAGGUUACUCUGUGCAAACACUGCAUUGUGUCAUGUUCAAGACACAAAUCUAUUCAAACUAGGAGAAGUUGCCAUAGUUAAGCAGCUCUGAUGUGUCUUUGGUACAGGGCUACUUUAUUACCAGGCGAUAUUCCUGCAUUGACGGCUCUAGGUGAAAUGUCUUUCACACAGGGUGACAGACAGCAUAUUGUAAUAUGCGAUGAUGUAGAAGUAUAGGGGUGCACACAACAAAGUAAACUGAUUUGUUAUCAGUUAUUUAUUGGUUAAACAACUGUUAACAGCCGCUUGCUGCUGCUGGUACAUGACUUGAUCAGAGCAGUGAUCAACCUUUAAAAUUCAUCUGAAAAUCAACCCAGUCGCAGAAUUUUUUUUUGGCAUUGUACAGUAUGUCUCUACAUUGAAACUAAAUGUCUCUGAACCAAAAAUACAUUUCAUAUUAACCUACGUGUAUGUCAAUGUUAUAGUGUUUUAACUGCUAAUUGCACUUUGGGUGUAUCCAAACUGCUUUCUCAAUUACGUUUAGAUUUAGGCAACAUGAAUACUUGGUUAGGUUUAGUAAAAUAUC